AUGUAUUUAGUGUCGUGCAUUUCAAUUUUGAUGGUAAACUCCGUUUUUACGGAAUUGUGUGAAAGGGCUCCACCAAAUGCUCAACCCUCUGACUCCCACUACAAACUGUCUGUAGCCGGGGAUCCGGAUUUAUUUCUGCCAGGAGAGCUAUAUUCAGUAUCUCUCGCAGGUGUCGACAGCGGCCAAGGACCCUUACCGUUCGUGGGUUUUAUUAUUUGGGCCGAGUUAGAAGUCUUUAAUACCAGUGUGAAUACCACAAACCUUACCCAGAGCAAUGGGUCUCCUGGUACUUUCCAGGCAUAUGAUGCGCAAACGAAACCUCAUGAGUUAUGCAAGCCCGCUGUUGAUAACGCUACAGCUCAUCCUAAAACUGAAAUUCAGGUCAUUUGGAACGCUCCUGCACGUUCCUUAGAAAAUUGCGUUCGUUUUUGCGCCCGCGCUUACCACAUUGACUCUAGUUCGGUGUCUAUUCUCGCACGCAAGUUGUGUCCCGCUCCAGCUACACCCACGACUCCCGAACGCCAACCUCCCAUUGUGGAGCCUUGUUGCGCUUGCGAUGAAGCGAAAUACGAAGUAACUUUCGAAGGUCUGUGGUCACGAAAUACCCAUCCAAGGGAGUUCCCGCCUGAAUCGGCACGAGCUCAUUUCGGUGAUGUGAUAGGUGCUUCGCACACAGCACAGUUCCGUGUCUGGCAAGAGGGCAGAGUCGCUACAGCUGGUUUAAGGAAGCUGGCUGAUGAUGGUACUACUACUACUCUUGAGAAGGAGCUGAAGUCUGAGAGUGACCAUAUUCGCACAAUCAUCAAGGCUAGGGGAAUAUCCUGGCAACAAGUGUCAGGAUCUGGUAUCCCGAGCACUUUCGCAGUAUUCAGGGUAGAUGCGAAGCAUCAUUUGGUAUCUCUUGCAUCCAAGCUAGCUCCCUCUCCUGAUUGGAUUGUGGGCGUAUCUGCCUUGGAGCUUUGCAAUUUGAACUGUACUUGGCGAAGAUCCGCUGUACUGCCAUUGUACCCUUAUGAUGCUGGGACUGAUAAUGGAAUAAGUUAUAUGUCCAGACGAAGCCCUACUGUACCGCCCUCUCCAGUGCGAGCCCUUGGACCUGAAUGGCCCCGAGACACCCGAUCUCCCUUCUAUAGUUCUUCGGGUGAGAUGCGACCCUUUGCCCGCCUGAGACUAAACAGAUUGCGACUUUAUGAAAAGAGUUGUGAAACGUCUGAGCCAGGUAACCAACAAACACUAGAUGGUACGAUACGUAGCGGUGGUGGGUCGUGUGCAACCCACGCGUGGGGUCCGUGGGGACCCUGCAGCGUGACGUGUGGUGAAGGACGUGCGGCCAGACAAAGGGAUUAUCUGUGGCCGGCAAGAGCCAAGACCGAUGCCUGUAGAGUUCCACUUACGGAUUACCAAUCCUGUCAUGGACCAAGAUUACAUUGCAGAGUUCAAUCCGAAUAUGAGCCGGAUCCAGCAGAAGCUACCGGGCCAUGUGCCGUGUCAGCCUGGUCGGAGUGGUCACCGUGUGAAGGUUGUGGUGUCAGAGCUAGAAGCAGGCACUACUUGGUUCCGCGAGCUCAUAAGCGUUGUCACGUAGGAUUCAGAGCGAGGAUGGUUCUUAGCCAAGCUAUGCCUUGUGACUCUGGUCCUUGUUUCAAACCACCCGGUGCGUUUGCUAAUUCAACGAACUAUGAUUGGUUUUAUGUGGAUAAUCCCCGCGGCGAGUGUGCUGUGACGUCAUGGGGUGUCUGGUCGCCAUGUUCAGCGCGUUGCGGGCGGGGGAGACGUAUACGCACUCGGUUAUACAUAUCUAGAGAUCCUCGAGUCCAGAAACUUUUGACUAAAAGGCUUCUCAGUGACUGGAACCAACGGUUUGCUGAGUUCCAGAACCUUGCGAUACCGACCGAGAACGUGACAAGUGACAAUCCAAAUGUAGACCUUCUAGUUCAAGAACAUCUUGAUCGGUGUCAAUUUACCCUGACGCAGCAAGAAGCUCUUUGUGAUGGCGAGGACACUUCUUGCGAUGUCUCUGUGCCCCAAGAAGUAUGCACUUUGCCCGUGUCUGUUGGACACUGCCGUACAUACGAAGAGCGUUGGUUCUACGACAAUUCGAGUGGGAUUUGUGAGCCGUUCGGCUAUACAGGGUGCGGUGGAAAUUCCAACAAUUUCCGAGAUAAAACCACUUGUGAUCGCGCUUGUGUCUCGCGAAAUGUUACUAUUACUGGUACUGUCUACCCGCCUGUUGCUGAGGCGAGUACUAAAAAGCUUAAAGCAACACCUGCAGCUGAAGAUAACGAAGUCCUACAAAAUGAUUCGCCGCGGGUAGAGGAUGUGAGCUGCGAGAUGGGACCCUGGCUCGGCUGGUCUGAAUGCUUUGGGGAAUGCGACAUCGCUAUUAAGCUCAAUUUUAGACUUGUCAAGCGCCCUGCAUCCGGCUACGGCAAACCUUGCCAGAAAGUAGUAAAGAGUCGUAGUUGUAGACCACGGUAUUGUAAGUUAGGUAAUCUUACGGACAUAUAUUCAGUCGAAGACAACGUCGACGAAUGA